AUGGCGGCAGCAGGCAGCCAACGGCGACAACGGCAACAGCCGGACAGGCAGCGCUUGAUCUGCGUGACCCGCUUCGCCUCCCACCGGUCUGGCGUGUGGCAGUUGAGGGGCCUCGGAGGUUUCGGCGGCCAUGGAGGCCCAGAGCCUGGAGCCCGCUGCACCCCGGAGCCAGGCACGGGAGAAGAGCUGCCCACCAGCUCCCAGGCUGGGGUCGCCACCACCCCAGGCCCUGACUCUUCCCAGCUGCGCAGGGCAAGAGGUCAAGCAGCGCGAGCAGGUUUAAAGCAGAAAAAUGCAGCUAAAGAGUUUGAUUUCCCCAUACCACUGAAUGAAGCCUCCAAAAUAAUGAAGGAAAGGAAAAAGGUCUCAGCAUGGAACAAAGUACGCAGAGUCAUUUCCAGAAUGAUUGCAGAAAAUGAAAACUACAGACACAGACUGAAGUCUCAAAAUUUAUCUACUGAAAUUCGAGUUAAUACAAGAUAA